UUCGGAAUCAGUUCUUUUACGAAAUGAUGUGAUAAUGUUUUGAUUUUGACUUUUGACCGAUAAGGGAUGAAAUUAAUUUUUUUCAAUGCAAAAAUUUGAGUUUUGAGCUAAAUUUUAUACGAUUAAGCUUCAAUUUAAUAUGGCAGGCGUUUUGAAAAAGACCACCGGACUCACAGGUUUAGCAGUAGCUAGAAAUCCUGAACAUAAACUACGAGUACUCUACGGUAAAAUUUUAAAAGUAUUGAAAAAAGCUCCACCCAAUGCAGCUUACAGAAAAUAUACCGAAGAAAUCGUACAAAACAGAUUACAAGCUGUGAUAGAUAGUAAAAAUUACGAAGAAAUAGAGAAGAAAGUGAAUUGUGGUCAAGUAGAAGAACUCAUCAAGCAAGCCGAACAAGAAUUACUCUUAGCUAGAAAAUUCGUUAUUUGGAAACCCUGGGAACCGUUGGUUAACCAGGCACCUCCAAAUCAAUGGACCUGGCCUCCGAAUAAUUAAGGUGUUUUUCGAAAUUACGGUUUAUUCUAUGUAGUAGUACGUUAAACUUUUGUUUGUUUCAGUUUUUCAUUGUAAGUCAUGUAUAUAAAUUAAAACUUGGAUAUGCUUUAAAAUAAAUCUAUUUCAAGCUCGUAAUAAGAA